GAAGGACCAAUAUGAAGGGUUUGUUUGGUUGGCAUUCUGUUUCUCUAUCCAAAUUCUCAUCUUUUAUCUUUGUUGUCUGUUUUCUCUUGUUCUCGCCGCCGCCAGCGGCUCAUAAGGUUAUAUCCCAAACAACUUCCUCUCUGUUUCUGUUUGUUUCCCUGCUUCUUCAGGUGAAAUGAUGAAGUCCAUGCUUGCAUGUUGCAAACUAUACAUAUCUGAAAGUCGUAAUGUGAUAGCUCUGGAAUCAAUUGAAAGAGCCGCAAAAUUACAUCCUGAAGCCAAAAUCACCAACGUCUUCAAGGAUGAGGUGUAUAACAGAGUUGGCUAUACAAUAGUAUCUCAUUUCAAUCCAUCAAGUUCAUCACUUAAUGCUUCUUCCCCUCUAAAGAAGGCAGUUUUUAGCAUGGUAAAAGCAGCCUUGGAAACCAUUGAUCUUGAACUUCAUUCUGGAACCCAUCCCCGGGUUGGUGUUGUUGAUCAUAUAUGCUUCCAUCCUCUAGCUCAGGCUUCACUGGCUCAAGCUGCAGGUCUAGCAAAGUCUGUAGCAGUUGACAUCGGCCACAACCUCCAAGUGCCAACCUUAGUAUAUGGAGCAGCUCAUGAGAGAGGAAAGACUCUAGACACCAUUAGAAGAGAGCUAGGCUACUUCAAGCCAAGUUCAAAAGAGAACAACCUCUGGACUGGAAGACUUCCUGCAGAUGCUCUGCUUUCUAAACCUGAUCAUGGACCUGCUGAAUUAACUGGAAACAAAGGUGUUGUGAUUGUUGGAGCUACUCACUGGGUAGACAACUACAAUGUGCCAGUCCUCACCACCAACAUUGAAGCUGUUAAAAGGAUUGCAAGAAGAGUGAGUGAACGUGGAGGUGGUCUUCAGUCAGUGCAGGCCAUGGGUCUUCUUCAUGGUGACAACUCCACUGAAGUUGCUUGUAAUUUACUGUAUCCCAGCAGAGUUGGUGCUCAUCAAGUUCUGCUUGAAAUUCAAAAGCUUGCUCUUGAAGAGGGAUUAACAGUAGCUGAAGGUUAUUUCACAGACUUCUCUCAAGAAAAAGUCAUUGAAAUGUACUCGAGAAAUAUUGAAUCGAAUUAGAAAUGUAAUUUUUGGAGUUUGUGAGGGUGUAUAUGCAAUAAAAGUUCAGUUGAGAUA